AUGGUUCUUACAGAGUCUUCUAUAAAUCCUUCAAUUCUUAAAGCACAUUAUGGAAUUCGUGGUGAAAUCUAUAUUAAAGCAGAAAAAAUUAGAAAAAAGUUAGAGGAAGGUGUUGAAGAUAUUCCUUUCAGAGAUAUUAUUUGUGCAAAUAUUGGGAAUCCUCAAAAAUUUGAUCAUAAACCUAUUACUUUUUUUCGUCAAGUAUUAAGCUUAGUAGAAUACCCAGAUCUUUUAGAGAAGCAUAAUAUUGAAAAUACAAAAAAACUUUUCCCAAAAGAUGCUAUAAAUAGAGCAAAGAUUUUAUUAAAUAAUAUUGAAAAAGUUGGGGCAUAUAGUGCUAGUCAAGGAGUUGAAAACCGUGAUGGUCAUCCUUCAUCUCCUGAUGAUAUUUUUCUUACAGCAGGAGCAAGUUCUGCUGCAAUGCUUAUAUUGCAGAUGCUUAUUUCACAUAACAAUAUUGGAAUUAUGGUACCUAUUCCGCAAUAUCCACUCUAUAGUGCAGUAAUUUCUCUGUUUAAUGGAAAACCUGUGUUGUAUUAUUUAGAAGAAGAUAAUAAUUGGUCUAUGGAUAUUAUCUCUAUAGAAAAUGCAUUUGAAGAAGCAGAAAAAAACAAAAUUCAAGUUAAGGCUAUUGUUGUUAUUAAUCCAGGGAAUCCAACUGGUGCAUGUUUAACUAGAGAUAUUAUAGAGAGUAUUGUAAAAUUUUCUGAAAAACGAGAUUUACUUAUAAUUGCUGAUGAAGUUUACCAAGAAAAUAUAUAUGAUGAUGACUUAAAAUUUAUUUCAUUCAAAAAGGUUUUACGAGAUUUACAGUUACAAUAUCCUGGUAGAUACAAUGUUCAGUUAGUGAGUUUGCAUUCAGUCAGUAAAGGAACUAUAGGUGAAUGUGGCAUCAGAGGUGGUUAUCUUGAAUUAACUGGGUUUGAUGACUUUGUGAAAUUUCAACUUUAUAAGCUUGUAUCAAUUAGUCUUUGUCCACCUGUACCUGGACAAAUUAUGGUAGACCUUAUGGUUAAUCCUCCUAAGAAAAAUGAUGAAAGUUAUAAAAUUUAUAAAAAAGAAAUGAAUUAUAUAAAAGAAGUUCUCAAAGAACGUGCAAAAAGACUUAAGAAAGCAUUUGAUGAAAUGGAAGGUGUUGAGUGUCGAAAAGUUCAAGGUUCAAUGUAUUUAUUCCCUCGAAUAGAUAUCCCUAAAAAAGCAAUUUUAGAAGCAAGAAGUUUAAAUAAAUCGCCUGACGAAUUUUACUGUAUAAAACUUUUAGAAACUACUGGUGUCUGUGUUGUUCCAGGUAGUAGUUUCGGUCAAGUUCAAGGUACAUAUCAUUUUAGAACUACUUUUCUUUCUGAUGGAAACAUUGAUGAAAGGCUAAUGUAUUUUCAUAAGCAAUUUAUAGAUCAAUAUCGUUAA